AUGGCCAUGCUAAAAGGUGAAGACAGCCCUCCACGACCCCCCGUAAUCGUGUCUUACGCGUUCGAGAAGGAACUGAUCAAUCGUCAGAACCGCUUCAUACGCCUGUACGAUGGCUUUUUGCCGAACCUACAGCGUGUACCGAUCGCGAUCAAGUUCUGGUCGAAGUACGACUCCACCGCAGCUGGAAGGAGUGGACUACCUAAUUUCGAUCGCUAUUGCGCGCUGGUGGAGAAAACGAUCGCUGAAGGACCACGCGAUCGCCAUCCGGAACCGAUCACCGAGAGCCAGUGUUAUGGCUGGCACUUUGAGCCAUUCUAUCGGUACGAAGGACGCGACAUACAUCUGCUGUACCACCCGAAGAAGCGUUCACCGAUCACGUUGGUGGGUGAAAAGAUAAACGCGGACCGAAUCACCCAACGACCGCGCUUUACUGGUGUUCCCUUCAAGCUGACGUCAUAG